CCGAGUCACUUUUAGGGAGUUGCCCAGAGACGUGAAGACUUUUGCUAGAACACAACCAAGAUUCUGUAGUACUUUGACUUUCUGAGAAAGGGGAGGGGAACAAAAUAGAAAUAUCAAACCAACAAAAAAUAGAGCUGAGAAAUCAAGGUCAUGAGCUCAGAUACAGAUGCAAACAAAAGCGUCUUCCAGACUGCCCAGGAACAGCCGCAGCCUGAUGAACCCGAUGGCCCCGCUCCUGGCUCAGCUGCCGACCAAGAAAAGAAAGUAAGAUUAUCUCCAACCAAAAUGUCAACCAAGAGCUCUACAGAUCUAGUUGAAUAUGUUGACAAGGGGCGUGCUUUUCUUCCCAUCAUUGCAAGCGCCCAGAGCAGCCAGCUGGAAGACAGGUUGAGCAGCCAGGAGCGCACCAUCGCUUUCCUCCUCGAGCAAGCCUUCCGCAUCAAAGAGGACAUCUCUGCCUGUCUGCAGGGCACCCACGGCUUCCAAAAGGAGGAAUCGCUUGCCAGGAAGUUGCUGGAAAGCCACAUCCAGACCAUCACCAGCAUCGUCAAAAAACUCAGCCAAAACAUUGAGGUUUUAGAAGACCAAAUACGCAUUCGAGAUCAGGCGACCACAGGAGCCAGUUUUGCAGUACACGAUCUAAGUGUGAAACACAUACAAGGAGUUGGAGAUCUUCGAGGAAGAGUAGCCAGAUGCGAUUCAAGCAUCAUGAAGCUCUCCGGUGACAUUCACUUCAUCAGGAACGAGUUCCGGCAAACAGAGAAAGCGAUUCAAGACCUCGUGUCUGCCCUAGAAACUCUUUCCAAGAACCUGGACGUGAAGGUAAUGCAGCUCUUGGGGAAGAUAGAGACCUCCAGUUCUGAGCAAAUCGCACACGUAAAGAUGGUCCAGGGAGAUUUCCGUCACGAAAUGGACCUUGUGGAAUUCAAAUUUAAUUCACUUUCAAGUAAUCUGUAUGAAGAAAUUUCAAACAACCAAAAGUGGACCGAAAACCAGUUCCUCAAAUACAGAAAAGACCACCUGUGCUAUAUAAACGAAUGCCUGAAGGUUCUACAGGAGAAACAGGAAAAAUCUGAGAAUAAAAUGGAAGAAAAAUUGCUGCAGCUUUCAAGUAAACUAGAGAAUUUCAUCAACACACAGAAACAGGAAGCAGAGUUCAACAAAGCCAAGCACAUAGAAAAUAAGUUGUCCAAAAAGAUGACCCACAUGGAGAAGCAGAUCUGGGAGGAAUUGGAGAAAAUGCAGACCGAGUACCAGUCAGCUACUGAAAAGACUCCUUGGAGAAACAUCUAUCAAAAGUAUACUUUCUUUGAUCAAAGAUUCACAAGGUUGGACAGCCAACACAUGGAACAACAGGCAUGUCUACUCGCACUGGACUUCAAGGACAGGUCUCAAACAGGCACUCUUCUUUACCACCCAAUCUCUGUCAUAAGCAUCUUCCGUAAUGGCUCCGCUUCCUUGAUGUAUGUAUUUCUCCAAAUUACUUGGGAAAAUCAGAAAUCAUGACAGAGGACCUCAUCUUGGCAAUCUCACCUUUCUAGUUUAUGCACUUACACAAUCAAAGACUAACAGGUCUUCUAUCAUCUGAGACUGAAGUCUAACACUUGCUUGAGAUCACCUCCACAAACCAGAAGCUUGUCAGUGUAUAACAGACAAAUACAAAAGCUUAGGGCCUGUUUUUGUUCAAUGACAGGAUAAACAACAGGAUAUUGGUCUCUACGUGUUUUGCAAAAUAACUCCUGACUAUUUGAGAUUUUGCUGCUUGGUUAGGAUCUUUAUAGUUUAUUAUGAAUAUAAUAACAAUAA